CCUGGCAGGAAUUUCUUGCAAAAGGUCAUGUUUGCCGGUGGCUCCGACAGUCCUUAUGCCAGAGCGAUGAGGGGACACAUCACCCUGUCCCAGCUCUUUUCGGAGAUGGAAGAGGGCUGCAGGCAGCACGCCUCCGCCUCGGGCAUCACCCUGCCACCCGCUUUCUCCGUCGCUCGAGCCUUCGGGGAGAUGGCGGCCAAGGGGACGGUGAACGCCCCCCUUCUGCAGGCAGCCAGGGUGCUGCGGAGGAACGGAUUUAAGACCUGCGUCCUCGCCAACAACUGGGUGGAUGACAGCGCUGGGCGGCUCUUCACGGCCACGCUGAUGAACCUGCUGCGCCGCCACUUCGACCUGGUGAUCGAAUCCUGCCGGCUCGGAGUGCAGAAGCCCGAUCCCCACAUCUACACCUACACCCUGGAUGCGCUGCAGGCGAAGCCACAGGAGGUCAUCAUCCUGGAUGACGUCGGGGAGAAUUUGAAGCCGGCCCGGGACAUGGGCAUGGCCACUGUCCUCGUCAGGGACACCGAGACCGUCCUGAAGGAGCUGGAGGAGCUCUCAGGCGUCCAGGCACGUCGUGGUGGUCUGGGUCCUCUCUGUGCCCUGCUCUUCUGGAGUUCUGCAGACCAGGAGGGGUGGGCUCGGGCUUCUGGGUCUUGCCAUGAUGCGGUGCCGCCCGUAGCUGGGGUGCAGAAGGUGCAGAGCGCUCCAGGAGCUGCCAUGGGGGUGGCCAGGGAUGAUGUAAAAGAAUAUUCCCAGGAGCAGAUAUGCAAGGACCUGGUGGUUUUCCUGGACAAACUGGGCAUCCCACAGACCGUGCUGGUCGGCCACGACUGGGGCGGUGCCGUGGUGUGGAACAUGGCUCUCUUCUACCCCGAGAGGGUGAGGGCCGUGGCCUCGCUGAACACCCCGUACCGCCCCGCCGACCCCUCUGUGGACAUCGUGGAGAAGAUGAAAACCUACCCCAGCUUCGAUUACCAGUUCUACUUCCAGGAGCCGGUACUGCUUGCUCCGUGGGGGCUGGGGUCCCCCUUUUCCAAGCCUGGGGGGAAGCCAGAUCCCAGCCCAGCUUUGUGUCACCCCCCUAGGCCAGCGGCGCUGAACAGGAUCCUGGUGGAGUGGCUGGAGGGGCUCCCCCCCGCCACUCCCUUGCCCAAGUUCUCCAGGCUGUGAGCCGGCUCCUUGCCUCCUCCCCGGGCUGAUUUUGCCUUUAGGGUUGGAUUUUUCACCUUUAGGGUGUGAUUUUUGCCUUUAAGGUUGGAUUUUUUUACCUUUAGGGAGUGAUCUUUACCUUUAAGGU